UAGACUGCUCCGAUAGUUGAAUAUUCAGCGAUUUGCUAAUAUCUGAGUCUUUUUUUUUACAACAAAUGUAUGAGAAUUGUCAUGCGCGUCGUCCGGCAUAUGUCUCUUGUUUCAAGCCGAUAGACCUGAAACCAAGCCAAAACCGGCCCAUUAGAGGUUGUUCUGUCUUACUUAAACACCACAACCAUCGUUGUUAUUUUGUACCUUUUGUUUGUACUAUGAUGAGCUCUUUUGCUAGAUCAUACAAAUGGCUACUACUGCGUAUCUAAAACUCAAGGCAAGGCUCUCACAGGUGUGGUUAAACAAAUACACAAUCGUACUUAUACUCAUGGCGAUUAAGCUGUUCAUAUUUGGGAUUAGUCUGAAGAGCUCGCUGCAAACUGCACAGUACUACACGCUGAGCUCGUGUUCAACGGUAGAUUCUUUAGCAAGUAAUGUUGUUUCAAUACCUCAUUACCUCUCCAGGUCCGCAAACCACCUGAUUGAAAGAUCCGUGGAGGGGAUCAACGACGCAACAGUGGACUCAGUACAGAUGACGCUAACCAUAGCAGAAAACCUGAUUGUAUUUGCCUUAGAGCUGAUGCUUGGAACAUACACGUGUCUCCUAACAUCAGCUGUUGAUGCUGUCGUUGAUGUCGCAAUUGACACAUCUGGAGAAGUGAUAGGUUGGGUCAACGACACCCUCGGUACUGCAACUGAGGAGGUAGAAGAUGGACUGCAGGACAUUUCUGGCUACAUCAACGACUUCCUAGGCGCAGUCGAUCGUGCUGUUGAUUUCAUUACUGGCGACAAGGACGAAGGAGAUAUCGACGAUACAAUUAACCAAGUGAACUUAACACUGGGAAAGCUAAGAGAUUUACAGAUUCCGAGCUCUGUGUAUGACAAGUUGGAAGCCCUGAGAGAUAAGGCACCCGACUUUAAUGAAGUGCUUGACAAGGCUCAGGAUCUCAUAAGGGAGCCGUUUGAGUACGUUAAGAAUAGGCUAGAGAAUGCAACUAUACUCGAUAAUGAUGGAGAAAGCCUGUACGUUCCCGAUUUGGAGGAUUUCCCAGUCUGUUCUAACAAUGAGGAUUCCAUUGUGGAGUUUUACAAAGGUUUAUCGGGACUCGUACAUAAGCUGGUGUUGGCAUUCGUAAUACUGUUCAUUGUCAUUGCAAUCCUCGUGAUCAUACCAGAGAUGUACUCAGAUUAUCGUCACUGGAAGAAGUUACAGAUGCUAAAGGAAGACACAGAGGAUGAGCAUGAUCCAAUUACAACAUACGAAACCAUCUUUAACAAGUAUCCCACGAAGGCAGGUAAUCUAAUCGCGUCCAAGAUCACACAUACCGAGGAGACGAAUAUACAGGUAAAGUGGUUCACCUCUUACGUCUUUAGUCAAAGGGCCUCAACUGUGCUAUGCUUAUCAUUGGCUGGUUUUAUCUUGGUCAUUGUACAGUUCUUGGUAUUGGACCAGGUUCAAGGCGUCAUCAAUGGGACAGACACCCCAUUUGAGGAUAUCUCUAGUCAGCUAGCAAACAAGGUAAGUGUUUCGAUCUCUGACUGGACUGAUUCAACCAACGACUACCUCGAUAAUGCAGAGGACGAUAUGAACGACCAGCUAUUCUCAGGCGUAAGGAAAAUUGCAGAGAGCGUGAAUGAAACCAUAUCAGAUUUUGUUGAUGACAUGAAUACGGCAAUUGAUGAACUAUUCAACGACACCAUCUUGUACGAUGCAGUGCGCUCCGUGGUUGGAUGUGUUAUCGAAGAUAAGUUGGUUCGGGUCGAGGAAGGACUGACGUGGAUCUAUGACCACGCAGAAGUUACAUUCCCGAGGGUUAAUGAGGAGUAUCUGUUGAAGGCAUUUGGAACUGAAGACGAUACAAGCAACCUGCAUCAAUGCCAGCAGACGAGCUCUAUGCUUGACUCCGCAAAGAGCAUGUUGCGCUCGCUGCUUGAUCUCACGAUCGACUCCUAUAGAGAAGCGUUAAUGAUCGAGCUCUGGAUCUCCGUAGCGCUGCUCGUCAUCUGGAUAUCACAGGUGAUAAUAGGCGUCCUCUACAGCUGGUAUGACCUCAAGCAUAGCACCGAGCUAUCAACACCACCAGAAAAGUUAUACAUCAGCUACCCCAAAGAACUGACAGAUCUGGAGAGGAAAGAAUACGGCUACUCAUACGACAACCAUGCGCAGCGUCGUCGCAGCCCAACAACGCCCGUCACGCUCACCAGCGUCACAUCAUCUUCAUUUCUCAGCUUGACCAAUACACUUGGGGAGGCACAAGGGGUGUUGAACCCGUUUAGCGAGCCCUAUAACGCUUAG